AACGCUUUCUUAGGUCCUAACUCCUAACCAGUUUAACCCCACAUGGUUAGCUAAAACAGAAACCUACUAACCCACCUCUCCUCUCUUCUUCUUCGUUUCUGGUUCUUGAGAACGGUGGUGGGCGGCCAUGGCGGGUCCUUACCACCCCUACUUCUCUGCUUCAUCAAAACCUUUCUACCCAUACUGGAAGAGAUCAAAUCUAUUCAGCCUAGCCUUAGUCACCGUCCUCUGUUCCCUCGCAUACCUUCUCGGCAUCUGGCAACACAGUGGAGUCUCCCCUGUUUCUCGCCUUACCAAUUCCGUUCCCUGUACUGACAUUAAGGUCAAAACCAAUUCUCCGGCGUUAGAUUUCUCCACCCACCACGCGGCCGAUGACUCUCCGACGACGAUGUUGACGAAGCAUUACCCACCUUGCGAUAUCGGGUACAGCGAAUACACCCCAUGUGAAGAUACCAAACGAUCCUUGGAUUUCGAUAGGGAUAUGUUGGUUUACAGGGAGAGACAUUGUCCGAAGAAAGGUGAAUUGCUUAAGUGUCGUGUGCCGGCGCCGUAUGGUUACAAGUACCCGUUUAAAUGGCCGAUGAGUCGGGACUACGUGUGGUAUGCUAAUGUGCCUCACAAGGAAUUAACGGUGGAGAAGGCGGUUCAGAACUGGAUUCGAUUUGAAGGGGAUCGUUUCAAGUUCCCCGGUGGUGGUACCAUGUUCCCUAACGGCGCUGAUGCUUAUAUUGAUGAUAUCGGCGAGUUGAUCAAUCUCAAGGAUGGAUCCAUUCGAACCGCCAUUGAUACUGGUUGUGGGGUUGCAAGUUGGGGAGCUUACCUUCUAUCACGUAACAUCUUGACAAUGUCGUUUGCACCGAGAGACACCCAUGAAGCUCAGGUGCAAUUCGCGCUUGAGCGAGGUGUUCCUGCGUUGAUCGGAGUGAUUGCUUCCAUCAGACUUCCUUACCCAUCUAGGUCUUUUGACAUGGCUCACUGCUCACGUUGCCUCAUCCCAUGGGGUCAAUAUGAUGGGCUCUACCUAAUUGAAGUGGAUCGGGUUCUCCGACCCGGUGGUUACUGGAUUCUGUCAGGCCCACCCAUCAACUGGAAAAAGCACUGGAAGGGUUGGCAGAGAACACAAGAGGACCUUAAAGCUGAGCAAAAUAAGAUCGAGGCUGUAGCCAAGAGCCUUUGUUGGAAAAAAGUGGUCGAAAAGGGCGACAUUGCCAUCUGGCAAAAACCCACUAACCACAACCAUUGUAAAAAGAUUCGCAAGGCCUUUGGGAAACCCCACUUCUGUCAGGCUUCACAGAGCCCCGACCAGGCUUGGUACACAAAAUUGGAGACUUGCCUAACUUUGCUACCGGAAGUUGCUGACAGUAGCGAAGUCGCCGGAGGUCAGUUGACUAAAUGGCCACAGAGAUUGAAUGCUAUUCCUCCUAGGAUUAGCAGCGGAAGUGUGGCCGGAAUCACGGGAGAAAAGUUUAGAAAAGAUACAGAGCUGUGGUACAGGAGGGUUGGAUAUUAUAAAGCUAUAAACAAUCAACUUGGACAGAAAGGAAGUUGCCGGAACUUGCUUGAUAUGAAUGCUCAAUUGGGAGGGUUUGCAGCUGCUCUCGUUGAUGAUCCAGUGUGGGUCAUGAACGUAGUCCCUGUAGAGUCUAAGAUUGACACACUUGGAGUCAUAUAUGAACGUGGCUUGAUCGGAACUUAUCAAAGCUGGUGCGAAGCCAUGUCUACUUAUCCAAGGACAUACGAUCUUAUUCACGCUGAUUCGGUCUUUAGUCUAUAUGAGAACAGAUGUGAAAUAGAAGAUAUAAUAUUGGAGAUGGACAGAAUACUUAGACCAGAAGGCUCAGUAAUCAUCAGAGAUGAUGUAGAUGUUCUAGUGAAGGUGAAGACUGUGAUAGAUGGCAUGAAUUGGGAUAGUCAAAUAGUUGACCAUGAAGAUGGACCCCAUGUAAGGGAGAAGCUUUUAUUUGCUAUGAAGUUAUAUUGGACAGCUCCUGAGUCUAGCUCAGAUCAGGAGCAGCCCAAGAUAUCUUCUUAGAUUUUACAAUUUUUUUUUUCUCCUCUCCCAUUGUUAUAUGUAGUGUUUCGUUGUCUCAACCUUUACAAAUUCUUUCAAUUCUAUUUUAGUCUAAAUCAUGUUUAGCUGAUAGGGUUGAAAAGAAAUUUGUACAUGGUUCAGGAAGGGAGGUGGGCCCAACUCACCACCAAAGAGGGUUCACUAGAUUUGACCAAAUUACAGGGAGAGUUGGUUAUUUUACUGUUUACUCCCCUAUUUUCUUUUUGGUGUAUGUUUGAUUAAUUAGAUUCCUUUUGGAUGGUCAAUAAAAUAAUUUGGAUAAUUCUUUUAA